AAGUGCGCGCGACUCCUCGGUUGCCGCCGCUGCUGCUAGCGGUCUGCUUCUCUGUGUGGCUUCCCUUGCCCUGCGCGUGCCCUUCCCUCCACUCCGCGGCCCAACCUCCCCGGUGCCUUGAGAGGAAGAGAGUUGGGCCGAACGUGAGGGGCACCGAGUGUGCGAGUGCCGCGGUGCUGGGCUUGCCUGCGAAACAACAACGCCCGCGGAAUGACGAUCGCUGCCGGCGGCGGGCCAACUCCGACAAACCGUGCGUGUCCAUCCCGUGCGCGUUUGUGACGUGCCUCCCAUGUCCAGCAACGAAGACGCCGGCAACAAGGGGAAGCACGAACGACCACGACGCCAACCGCGGGGUUCGUCGACGAGCGAAGCGUCAUCGCAGUCGCCACCGCAUGGAUUAAAAACCCGAGCCCUCCUUCUCUUCGGCACGACUUCGACGCGUCUCGGCGACGACGCGUAAACAACGGGGAUCGCCUCUUUCGGGACUUCGACGCUGGAUCCGUGGUAGGGGCCACUCGUUGGCUUACCUCGAAUUCCACCCGGCCCAUCCUUGCGUCUUGUACGGAGCUGCGACCUCGUUUGAAGCAGAAGACGCGGAGUUAGAGCCGCGGCGCUUGGUCGUCGCGCGGAAGCGGUGCUGGUGUCGCGCCCGAAGCAGCUGUCGCCGUCCAUGCCCGGAAUGUGCGAUUGCCGGGAGAGGCGGACGUCGCAGCAACGCGGCUCCACUCCCCCCUCGAGCCUCAGGGCCAACAUCGGGGAGCCCGGCCCGCCACUGGCUGCUGCUCCUGCUUCUGCCGGCUGCGGCACCUCGAGCUACGAUUGCUGCUUGUGCCGCGCUGGGGCCCGUUCCGGCGCGACCCAACGACGUUGCGGAUUCUUCGGGAUUCGACCCGUGGGCUUCGGCAUGUACGCAGGCAUGGACGACCACCACCCUGGAGGAGGGGGCGGGGGCAGCCUGGUCAGCCCGUCGUGGCGCAGCGCGCACUUCGCGGCGCAUUCGCAGCUGGGCUGGCCGCUGUCCAUGACGCUCGCCGACCUGCACGACGACACGCUCCUGCCCACGGGACUCGGCAACGACCCGCGCCAGUGGAGCAAGCACAACGUGUCCAUGUGGCUCGAGUGGUGCACCGAACAGUUCUCCCUGGUGCCCACGGAUUCGGAGAACUUCCACAUGAACGGAAAGGCGUUGUGCCUGCUGUCCAAGGCAGACUUUCUGGAGCGAGCCCCUAAGGCAGGAGAUGUCCUCUUCAAUGCCCUCCAGCUUCUUUUGCACAGGGCCCUGCACACAGCGAGGCUCACUAAUGGUACACAUGGUAAUGGAUCUGUGCCGAGAAACACGGUCAUCACGAGAGACAUCCAGGGGUUUGGCCAGGUUUUGCUACAAGACCCAACAUCUUACAAUCAGCCCCUGCAGGUGUCUCCCCUGUCAGCAGAGGUGGACAGCACUGUGAUUCUGAGCCCCGACCCCAGCUCGGGUGGCGAGAGUGUCCAGGGGGACUCUGCUGGCAUGCAGGCUGGCAGCAGCACACCAUCGUCCAAUGGAGGAGGACCUGGCUCAGCCAAGAACUCCUCUCCACCUCCGUCCCUUGCAGCCACGCCCCUGCUGGUGGACAAGCAGGGUGUCGUGGAUUUAGUGCGGCGGAGUCCAACGCCGCCGACCCAAGUCGUCUUCCCACCGAGGGGAGGGAUGUCGGCGUUUCCAGGCAUGCUCCCUGACGUGGCACUCCACUCGAUGAUGCCACCCGUGGCUGCCAAGCCACCGCAGCUGCCACCUCCGGUGGCGCUCGCUGUGCCUCCAGUGACAGCACCCUCAACUGGCCGUGUUGUUGCUGACGCCCCAGGUGAUAAGAUGAGUGUCCGCUUGCUGUGGGACUUCCUGCAGCAGCUGCUUAAUGACCCCGAGCAGAAGUACCGCUACUGCAUCACGUGGAAGGACCAGGCCAAGGGCGUCUUCAAAAUAACUGACCCGCACCGGCUGGCCAAGCUCUGGGGCAUGCAGAAAAACCACCUGAACAUGAACUUCGACAAGAUGUCGCGUGCCAUGCGCUACUACUAUCGGGUCAAGAUCCUCCAGAAGGAGCCUGGCGAGCGACUUUGUUACAGGUUUCUGCGGCCACCCACGGAGCUACGGUACUGCAAGCAGCGGUCGCUUUUGGAACGAACAGUGUCGGACGCCGCUGCAGCCCGCGAGGGAGAGGAAGAAGAGGCCUCGAGCGCCCUAGACAUGAGCAUCAAGGAAGAGUGCCUUUCGCCCUGUAUCGAGAACGACUGAGCACACACCUCCCGUGCCUUGCUUCCUUUCUUCGUACGGUACCUGCUGCAAAUGGCUGUGCAGGCGUCAAGCCUGCCUUCCCUGUCUUGAAAGCCACCGAGUGCCUCCUACGGCACACACUGCAAGCCCUCCCCUUGGUGCCUGAUGAAAAACAGCUUAUAUGAACGCACCUUCAGCUUGUUUUUUUUUUACUUUUAGCCGAGACAGUGUGUGACAGUGAUAAUCUGCAUGGUGGUAGAGAGCUGCAUCGCCUAGUGUCAGAUGACAGCGCAAGAAUUGUCCUCCGUCAUUGUCCCCAUCUGUGCGAAGCAUUGCAAAGGUCCCUACAGUCCACUCAGGUGUUUUGUGUUGCGUCUCCCAUGGCAUUGGUGAUCUUGUAGCAGCAGUGUCAAGACAGCGCCCCGGUGUCGUGUGCAUAGUAGUGGACGUGGCGUUUUUUUUUUUCUAUUUCUUAGCGUUACGUGCCGUGUGCAAGGAUGCGGUCUCACGAGGAGUACCCUUAAUGUGUAAUGGUCCGCAAGUUGAUUGUGGCAGCAGCAACUGCCGGACAACAGCGGUGACUUUUCCGAGACUUUGGUGGUGACGUAAAGCACAAUUGAGUGAACAGUGAACAGUGUGUUUCGCUUUGCACGUCGCUGCAACUGGCAUCAACCGUCCUGUGAAGCAGACACAUCUGUGAAGCAGACACCCUUUGUGUCCACUUUGUACAAGGUGAAUGUAUGCACAUCGCGCGCACAUGCAUGUUUGUGUGUGCAAAAAUUUGUACAGUGCCUUGAGAAGCCCUUGCAAGCUUCCACAUGGAUAUAUUGCUCAUGGUGCCAUGCGGUGGCACUGUCCAUACAACUACAUGACAGGUGUGACAUGAUGUGACACAGGAUUUCAAAGUGACCAUUUCGGGCUCUGCACGUUUGGAUUCUGCACUGCUGAUAUUUUUAGGUGUGCAGUUGUCUUAUUUGAUUUGCAUUUUUUUACAUGGGAUAGUUUGGCUGUGUGUAGCUAUCUUCACGGGGCAUGCUGAUCUCAAUGGCAAUAGUUAGCUACAUUGGUUCGAGACUAGUGCAGGAAACGUGUGAUGUGCCAUUCAUUCGCUGCUGAGUUGUUGUGUCCCAAAAGAAUGGAUUUGAGAUUUCAAAGACAACUGCGCUCAAAGCCAGCUGCUAUGUGGGUCAGCUUUUUCUUUUUUUCUGUUUUUAGCGAGCAAGUUUUUAUCCUUGUUUUUGUUUUGUUUUCUUCUCACAAACCAUAAAAAAUGAAUUAAUCCUAGCAAAUCAUUCUUCUACCCCUUCAUGUUGUUUCUCACGGUCAUCAUUUGCUUAGGUUUGCACUUUUGGCAUCGUCACCCAUGAUAAUGGAUUGCGAAAGAUAACUGCAAGAGCCUUCAUGAUUAGCAUUCGUGGUUCGUUUGUACAUGAUUUGUUGAGCGCUGUGCUUGCAUUGUGCCUAGCUGCAAUGUGCAUUGCGCCGUUGCAUUGUGCUGAGUUGUCCUCAGUAUCUUCGAAUAACUGUUGCCAUUGAAAAGCUUUUUUUUUCUCUUCCAUCUGGAAUGAGUGGAAAGUUCGAUAAGAAUAAUGGAGCACGGAGGUUGGCCCAAUGUGAGUUGUGCAAUACGCCAUAUCAUAGACACGUCGUUGCUUCAUGUACUGCAAGUUUCUUUCUGCAUUUCCGUGUCAAACGAUUCAUUGAUUCAUUGUAGUCUGUAUGACACUUGCUUUUCUUCACAUUAUGCAAAAUAUACAGUAGGCUUUCAUUAAUUUGACCAUGACGGGACCGAUAAAAUUGGUUUAAUUAUCUGGUGGUUUUAAUUAAACUAGAAGGAUAAAACAAUUGAAAACAUGCCAUUAAUUUAGUUAGCAGUAUUUAUCCCGACUCUAAAAUGUACCCGAAUGAAACGCACACCCUCUUUUUAUGGUUUCAAAGUAGAAAACUUAAGCUAACAUAAAAAUGACACAUCUCCUAAACAAAGUAGAAAUCUAAUGCACACCUGAUCUUUUAGGAAGAAGAACAUAGCAUUCCUCCGUUUCUUGCAAUAAAAUUGUGCAACCAGUGAUCUUCACCAUCGCAGAAUGGAAAUUUAUGUACCUAACGUACGUCGUCAUCAAAUGAGUGCUUUGUCACUGUCUAUGAAGAACCACAGCAUGAUGACUCUGCAAUAUCCAUGGCGCAUAUGCUAUCCUGCAUUUAUCACACAACUCUGCAGCAAUCGCUAACAAGAUUGUGGCCCAUGCCAGACUAGCCAUUCCGCUAGCUUGUCCUGCGACGCGUGCAAUUCUCCGGAACACCAAGAACACAAUGGGACUUGUUGCCGCUAGCUUAAUAUGCAAAAUAACUUGCCGUUGAAUCUGUAUUCGCAAUCAGACUGAAAGCAGCAUUGUUACUGUCGGGUAAAUAUUGUAAUAAUUGAUUGUGAGCUGUCAUUCUGGCUUUAAAAUCUUCUUGGUGCAGGCUGAAAAUUUUAGAUGACAUAAUGUGUUCGAAGAAUUUGCUAGACUCUUUAACACAGCCAAGAUGGGCACUGUCGCUAUUGCAGUCAGCACUGCUGUCUUGGGUCUAAGUGCAUGCGAGAGGACCAGCAAAGAUAGAAUUAUCCGGCUGAUGCUAAUUUCAGGAUCGAAAUCUCAAAUAUAUGAUGCUAUAUAUAAGUACGAGUGCUGGCCAGGACCUUCGGCUUCAGUCAAAUUGACCGAAAUGUAGUCUUUAUCCACAGUGGAAUGAACGAAAGUCUACUGUACAUGAAAACUGCAUCCUUCUUUACUUUCAGAUCUUGUGCUGUAAAUUAUCGAAUAGGGAAUUUCCAGAUUGCCCUUUCAUCCUUUCCUGCAUUGGGUACCAUUGUUUUGGAUGUCUUGUUCAAGAUUGCUGAGGCUGGAACUGCUUGCAUAUGCUGCACAAUGGCUCACUGUUCCCUACAUGUCCGCGAGUUGCAUUGCAGCGUUGGAAACGGAACAGCAGUGAGCAAUGACAACACAAGAGGUAUUGUUUUGGCGGAAGCUACACUGCAGGCAAAUUUACUUGCUGUGCUGCCAACUUCUUACCCUCGCAUUCUAUUCUUGUCUUCCGGCCUUGCAUUAGUCAUUUACAAUGUACCUUAAUUACCUUAAUUAGAUUCAUUCCCUUCUUAAGAAAGUUAUUUUACCUGCAGUGUACACAAUGGACCCUGCCUCCUCAUCCACUGAGUGUUGCAAUUGGCCUUCUGAAAAUUCCCAUUUGAUUUCCCUUUCUUAGGUUUCGUUUUCAUAUUGUAUACUUAUUUGGGCAUUUAUUGAGAUCACCAAGUGUGACAAGGCCUUAAACACUGGCUGAAACAUCAUCUAAUGUUGAACAUGUCUUCCAUGUUUAGCUCUCUAUUUCAUGCAUGCAGGGAGUGUGUAAGUCAUGGCAGAAACGUGAUCAUGACAGGCCCAGUGCUUGCGCUAAAGAGCUGCUAUGAGCCUUAAUGAGCUGUGGUGUGAUUAAAAUCGUCAUGGAACAUUUCAA